UUAGAAUGCAGACGAUAGGCGAGGCAAUCUGGAGCUAAAGAAUCUACUUUUGAAGUUUUGUAGGUGUUCGCUGAAUGCUAAAAUCCCCUGAAAGUAAUAAUAGUCGUUUGUCCAAGUGGAGAGAGCUAGAGGGCGAUCGCUGUGAUGAUCGCAAUGGGGAGAAAUAAAAUGCGAGUCCAAGUAGGGCUCAUUGUGCUGGCUGCUGUGUGUACCUGCUGGACCAGCGGGCAUCAAAUCUACCAGCGACGCAUUCCUAAUGCUGGUGACAGCACUGGGCCUAUAAUGCUGAUGUCGAACAUCCCAGCGCCUUUCGGCCAAGCGGACAGGUAUUGUAGGUCUGUUGGUCAUGUGGGACAGUGUGACGGACCACCAUCAGGCGGAGGUAAUCCAUUCGGCAGGGACUUCGUCGCAAACGGAGCCGAGUGGAACUUGACGAUCUGCGAAAUGGACAGCGACGGCGACGGCAUAAGCAAUGCUGAUGAAGUCGGUGACCCGAAUUGUGUCUUCAUGCCCGGUCUACCGCCGGAUGUCGUGAUCAAUAUCAGCCAUCCAGGGUAUUCGUGUUCUGUUGCAACUGAUCCAUUUUGCAUCAAUGCUCCUCCAACAACGCCAACUCCCAGCAGUGGUUUGGCAGUAAGGUUUGCUAGCGGACUCUCUCUCAUUCCAGCCAUACUUGCUGCUGUCUUCAGAUAAUCACCUGUCCAGUGGACAACUGACGGACUAUGACCGUGCAGGUAUGCAGGUGGAGCGAAACAUCGGCCGAGAACGUUCACGCGUACUACCUCCUGCUGCAACCGUUUUCACGGUGUGUCACAUGACACGCUGAGCGCCAUCGCUCUCAUCACCUAACGUUAGCGAGGAGUUUGUUUUAGGCCAGUGGUGAACAUGCACUCUUUUGGGGUGAAUGUGCACAUGCCCAAGUGUGUGCGGGUAUGUCUUCUUUUGUGUUAGUAUGUGUGUGUGUACACGUGUGUGUGCACGUGUGUGUGCACGUGUGUGUGCACGUGUGUGUGCACGUGUGUGUAUGUGUAUGCACGGGUGGACGAACAUUUCGCCGGGUGGGUGACUUGAAGCGUCACUCCCCAUAUUGCUCAGCCCGCACGCUAUCAUCGCACUAGCGAUGGGCGUCCAAAGUGCAAGUGUGUGCGUGUGCGUGUGUGUGUGUGCAUGUGUGUGUGUGUGUGUGUGUGUGUGUGUGUGUGUGUGCAUGUGUGUGUGUGAGUGUGUGUGAGUGCACGUGUGUGCAUGUGUGUGUGUGAGUGCGCGCGUGCGUGUGUGAAUUCUAGUUUUUUUAUUAGGGUACCGGUAACUGAUUUUGAUUUCACAGUGUCAUGAAGUUUGGCACAUGGCUGUGUUCUGUGUGCAAUGUCCUCUGCUCUCUGUGCACAAUGUUCUCUGUGUACAAUGUGAUGUGUGCUGUGCACAGGACCUUGCUUAUUAGUUUAUGAAUUAUGAUCUCUGAGCCAUUGAUUAUGUUAUCCUAUAAUGACUCGGACUGAUCUCGUAGCAUGA